AUGGACUCUGCUAAAGUUCGCGGACAGGAUGCUAGUUGCGUCCACGUGUGCGGGAUGUGUCCACGAUGCGUCUUUGCGCCGAAACCACCGGGUUCCGCCGCGAGGCGUUUGUGGACAGUGUCGGACGAGUUCGAGAGGAGGUUCGUGGUGGCGUUGCUCUCGCGCUGCAGAAACGUCAAACAGCUGGAGAACAUCCAGAAGUCGCUGAGUGGAACGUCGUGGCCGUGGUGCACCUACGCCAGGUCGGGGAGGUCUCCGCGGGACUCCGGCUCUCGGUGCCAGAAGGACCGGAAACCUCUCUGCGUCGAUACGGAUGCGAUCCUGCGCUGGUUCAACAGCAGCCCGGACUGGAUGAAAACAAACUACCUCUGCUGUUUAUUGUCCAUGUGCGACUUUGAACUACUGCGCAUGCUCACCAACUUGACCAGCGUCCUUCUAGUCAGGCUGAAACGAGGGUAUUUGCAGUUUAAUGUGAGCAACCAGAAUUUCAAUGGACAACAGGACCCAGAAGACCCUGCCCUCAUGGUGGUACCUGGAGCCUCAAAGUCCAUGUCGGGUGUCAGUCAACAUCGAGACUUUGUUAGCUGCUUACCUGUAAAUUUGGCCAAGAGGAUUUUAGGUCUGUUGGGGGAGCACACUCUGAAACGCUGCAAGAAGGUUUGUUGGUACUGGCAGCACCUUACAGAGGAAACCAUGGAGGAAAUCAGGUUCAGAAGAAGUUUUAAGGAUCAAGAUGAUGUCAUAUUGAAGGUGUUCCAUAGUGUUAAUGUCCUCAGCCCUACUUAUGCCAACAUGGUGGAAGUCUCAGUACCUAUAAACGGUGAUGAGAAAGACGAAGUUCAUCCAGCCGUCCAGAAGAUGAAGUCAUUUAAAGCUGCCCAUGCCAAAAUCCAAACCAAGCCCGUUCAAAUGGAGGAGCGAAAUGUUUACUGUGGUGCAUAUUUCACCAAAGUGCUGCUGAAAGAAGAAUACCAGCACCGGGUGUUGGACUACAGAGGUGGAUUUCUGAUGGCCACGACUUCAAAGGACCGUUUGCUUCGCCUGCUUUGUGUGGCACCAGAAACAAAGCCCGUGGCGGUGGUGAGAGGACACGGCGUGAUUCGGGCGGUGCAGUUCUGUGAGGAUAGAGGUCUGCUCAUAACUGCAGGUUAUGACGCAUGCAUCAGGUGUUGGAAUUUGCAGACAGACAGGUGUGAGAAGGUGCUCUAUGGUCACACUGGUACCAUCAACUGCCUCGACGUUCAUGCUGACAAACUCGUCUCAGGAGCCAAAGAUCAUACUGUUAAAGUCUGGAGUAUCCAAACAUGGAGCCUUUUUAAGGAUUUUAAUUUCAAGCACCGCGGUUCGGUGCUGUGUGUAAAGAUUCACAAGUCAUUCUUGUGCAGCAGCUGCAUUCAAGGCCAGGUCAAACUCUGGAACAUGGAGACCGCAUCACUGCUCAGGGUGAUUAACGCCCACAAGAGCGCGGUGAAGUGUUUGUUUCUUAACGAUUGGCACCUUCUAUCUGGGGACUCUGCCGGUAAGGUCAUGGCGUGGAGUGUCAGCUGUGAGGAUAAACAGUGUCUGAAGAUGUUCAACCACCCAAAGGAGGUGAAGUCUCUGACCCUCCUUUACCUCCGUGUUGUUACUGGCUGUUUGGACGGGAAGAUCCGUGUGUUUAAUUUCCUCACCGGAGAUUGUUUGAGGGACAUCAGGACAGAGUCUGAAUCAGGCCGCAUCCUGUCUCUCCACUUCCAGGACCACAGUAUAUUAGUGAACAGCACUGUCAAUGUGCAGCUCUUCCAGUUUUCCAAAGUGUUCUGGGAUUACACUGAUCCACUGCAGGAGGGUGCUGGGGACGGUGUGGCUCAAGAGGCAAACGGUGAAAACGUCAAACAGUCAGUGAUCGAGAGUGAGAAGGCUGCGAGUGGACAGAUGAAGAGAAGAGGUCCUCAUCAUCCUCCGACGCGAGAUGCCAUCCUCCUCAGAGUUGGUGCCAGCCAGAGGGCGUUACGCCUCGACGAGGUCAGCAUCAACAUGGAGGGGAACGCAAGGCUGCGAGAUUCGUGGGGUCCUCAAACGACUCGGGAUCGUCUGGGUCUCAGUGCUGACAAACAGAACCUGCAGCUUCAGCCCAGGCCAAACACCUGCCUCCCGAUCCUGCAACGAGCCGCCAGUCGACAUUUAAUAAGCUGUCCACAGAGCAGAGAGGUUUCCACUGCCCCUGCCUCCGCAAAGAGACAGUCUGCACGAAACAGCACAGCCUCAGCGUGA